AUGCACGGCUUGGACCGAAUUCUCGGGCUUCCCAUAAAGUUUCUGGAAAGGCUCGUGCAGAGAUUCCGGUCCAGAGUCCUGGCCGUCUCCUCCUACGACCUGGCAAAGGUUCCGCAGAUCUGUCGCGAGGUGCUCCUCGGGGAAACCUCGUCGGCCUCGAUACCGCAGAACGAGCGCUCCGAGGUCGAAGCGAAGCUCGCAGAGGAAGAGGCCGCCGAGGCAGCUAUGGACGACAAGAAGCGUUGA